AUGGUAAUUUUGAAUCACCUACCAACGAGGGACAGACUGCAAAGAUUCAGGCUCGUUCCCAGUGAUCUCUGUAUUUUCUGCUCGGAUACAAAGGAAACUAGAGACCAUCUAUUUGCUGAGUGCUCGAAGACUACUUCUAUUUGGAGAUCAAUCCUCCAACUGUCCGGUUUGAACACACAUUUCUCAACAUGGAACAACCUGCUGGACUGGGCGAUCGCAUCAUGGAAAGGUAAAUCUUUGAUUUCUAGUAUUCUGAAGCUCUCAUGGUGCGCCUUCAAUUACACCAUUUGGGAAGAAAGGAAUAGAAGGAUUUUUAGAGGAAGUUGCAGAACUGAGGAAGGAAUUGUCAAUGCUAUUAAGGAUAUAGUUGGAUCCAUUCUAAGUAAUAGGGAUAUUAAUAGAACAGAUAGCAGAAAUUUAGCUCUUUGUACUCAUUGGGGUAUAGACUAG